UUGAAUUUCAUUCGUAAAGCCAGCCGGAGGAGCAGUAAUCGAAAGGGAACCAUGUUGGUCAAGGUCUUAAUGCUCGCAUUGCUCGCGGUCCUGAGCCAGGCGAAGCCCCAGCUGCUGGUCACGACACCAGUGAGUUAUGCCACCGGAGCGGGAGGGGCUUGGCUGGCUCCUACCUCCGCCUACUAUCCAGCCUAUGCCAGCUAUCCGACCUACGCGGCCUAUGCGUAUGCACCGGUAUAUGGCGCAUACGCCACGUAUCCCUACUACACAUAUCUAAGGCGAUGAAUCCAACCAUGGCCUGUUAGCCAUGGUCUUGGCCAACUUUAAUAUUCAGUGAAUAAGUACGUAUGCCUACAGGAUGUAGAGAUAUGCAGUGUAAAAUAACUAUAUAGAGUCUUUUCAUAAUAGUUCUUGUAAAUGUCUUAUUUUGGAGUGUUUUAUAGAAUUUUAUAAAAUAUUGUUUAUAAAAGUACCUUUAAAAUAUGUAUAUAAAUUGGUAUUGCUAAAAGCUAACUAAAAGAUUCAAGAACUUUAAGAAAUUAAAAACCAAAAAGAAUAUAAACUUGGAAGCCCUCA